AUGAGCUCCACUACACCUCAACCAGACAAGACUCAUACUUCCCGAAUCAUCACCUCUACGAAAACGACCAUCGAUGCUACUGAAACUGAGACUGUGAAAGAGAGAACUCAAACUGUGGACUCCACCGUUACUCAUACCAUCUCUGGCCCUUCCAACCUCCCCAUCCUGAAUACUAUGAUAGAGAUGCCAGACGCAUCAGCUCCCUCGAGUCCGACCGAAUUGACGGUAUCCACCAUCACCAGUACUUUGCAAUCUGACCCUGCAAGCCCAGCUCAGUCAAGCCAGUCAAGCGAGGAUCUGUGGGUGCAGCUUGAGGAUCUCUCAGAGUAUAUGAAUGCUGUCAAUUUGAGUGAGGGAGAGGGCAUGUAG